CAAAGUUUCCACAAGAACUAAUGCUGUUUUAUGAAAUCUUCCAACUUGGUUAAAACAGCUUCUUCCCCGCCUCUUUUUUGCCCAGAUGAAGUUCUGAGAAGCCACAGACACACCCUGGUUUGCUCAGUGAAAAGGAGCCCUCUACGGAUCGUAGCCCCACACACAGAGUGCCCAGGACUAGCGGCUUGGAGGUGCUAUGAAGAUCUUUGCAGAAAUGCUGCCUUUACUCCCAGGGCUGGGCUUCCUCCUCUUGGUUGGUUGGCAGGCAGCUGCUGCAACCUCUGCUGGGACACAUCUGUGCUCCAGCUCCCCUGUCAAUGAAUCUGCGGUGUGUGCUUCAGUGGAAAGUGUCAGCCAGGAGAUGGUUCUUGAGGUAGCCCGUGGCCAAGUCUCCCCCUGCAGCCUCACUUUUGGUCAAUACGCCUGUGCACAGAGUGCUUGGCUCCAGGACCUUCAGGAUGAUUUCCUCAUAUCCCUGUAUUCUUGCCUUACCGCUAAACCUGCCAGUGUGAUGGAUCCUCAAUACUCCAUUCUAUUCUUUUCCAAAUAUGAUGCCAAGAAGCUUGUAGCUGCUCUGACUGCGUUCAGCCAGAGGUUUUCUCACGUGCCUCUUGAGUGGAACAUGAUCUUCAUGAAUGGCCUGUGGGAGAAGAUGUUGCAAGUACCUGAUAUUGACAGCCCACCUGUUUUGUCUCAGUGGGUCCAUGAAGGGCUUCAGCCGUUCCUGGUCGAGCCUGAGGUCUUUGCUUGCCUCCAUGCCAAAAAUGUGUUCUGUGAGGCGUUUCAGAAGAUAGUCACUGCCCUGAAUGGCAUAUAUUCUGACCUUCCAGUGGAAGAACAGAAGAAUCUUUACACUGGGAUCAAAUAUUUUCUCAUCCAGGACGGAUCAAACCAGAAAUGCUACAAUGCAACCGAUCCAGAUCUGAGUUCCACUGCCUGGUUUGAAAAUUAUCUCGGAUCCUUCAUGGAGCAUGCUACUGUUGGAGACCUGCAGCUUUUUGGUGAUGAACCAACACUUCAAAAAUUUGCCAGGGAUCCAGUCAAUAUACAGAUGAUCAGCAACCUCACCUUGCUCCGGGAGACAGCCAUGUACUAUACCUCGCUGCUCACCUCUGGACCUGGUUUUCCCUUAUCAAGUCUCCCAGACAGAUUUGUUUGCUACCUGAGCCCCUCGGCCGUGAGCAACCUGAGCAGAGAUGACGCUUUGAGCUUGGCCCAGAGGAUCAGUAAGAACUGCCCAUUGAACCUGACACACAGAGGAGUAAGGAGAGGGAGAUCUCCCUCCUCCAUGACAACGGAGGAACCGCAGGUUGCAUCUUCUUUGGUGAGAAAAUUUGAGCAUUUCGACCCUUCGACCGUGCGUUCAUUGGGCCAGGCUGCAGUUGGGCUCUCCGUAUCCGACAUUGAAAACAGCAUCAGUGAUAAAGACCUUGAAGCAUCUAUUCCUGCCCUGGGUGAAGUUCGUGGCUGGAGUGCUGAGCAGUCCAGCGCUAUUAUCAACAAACUGCUGAGCUCUGGCUAUCAGAUCACGAAUGGACAGAGCCUGACAAAGCUGGGGAGCUUGGUGGCUGGCCUCAAUAGCAGCACUCUUCGAAGUCUGCCUCCAGAGGUGAUCUUGGAAGCCAUUGAGUCGCCUGAGUUUGUUCAGCACAUGGUGACCCUGCCGUCUUCUCUGAAAAGGAUAUUCGCAGAAAAGAUUUACUCCAGUGUAGGCCACCCUGCUGACCUGGUUAAAUAUGUCCCUGAUCCUCUGGCCAGUUACAUUCCAAAAUCUUUGCUUGUUUUUGGGGGAGAGAAACCCAAUAUUCAGGAUCUCAACAAUAAAACGUGGACCCGAGAACAGGCUGCCAUGUUUUUCAGUGAUGCGAUAAAGACAGAGCCUGACUUCAGCAGGCUUUCCCAGUCAGUCCUCCAAGGCUUCACAUGUGCAGCUGCUAAUGAGAUGAAAGCAGAAAGAUUUCAGGAGCUGGCCAAAGUCAUGAAGAAGAAGAACGUCAAGCUGGGAGGAGGUCAGCUGAGUUGUUUAGUGAAGGUGGUGACGCUGCAUGGGAUUCCCAAGGAUUUAGACAGCUAUCCUAAAGACCUCCUGCUGUUUUUAAGUCCUUCAGACUAUGCAGCCACAGGAAGCUGUAGGCAAUACUUUGCUAAUAUUGGGAAAGCAAAUCUUGAUGUUCUGCAAAGGGAGUCGUCUCAGCGGAACCAGCUGCUCGUGGAAGCUUUGGCAUGUUUGAACAUUUCUAGCACACAAGUAAAUGAGGAAGAUGCAGAGAUUCUGGGACGUCUGGUCUGUGACCUGGGUGGAGAAUACAUUAGAAGUUCUGGUGGGAAUUUGCUGAAGCGCUUAAGCCAGUGUGACUCUUUCCUGCCUGAGCAAGAAGAGGCUAUUAGGAGUGUCAUCAGCAGUGGUAACACUACAUUUGGGCCUCCUGUAGCGUGGUCAGCUUUUACCUUGAAUGAGCUCAGCGGAUUGAUUCCUGUGCUUGAUCAUAGCAUCUUGCAGAAGAUCCCCAAGAAUACUUUAACUCUUUGGAUGAAAAACUUUGCACACGAUUCACCUCUGUCAAGGGAAGAACUGGCCACCGUUGUUGAAGAACUCCUGCCUACUAGGCAUAAGCGUGCUGAUGGUUGCCCACCUGAGAUGCAGAUAACGAAGAUGGUUCUUAACAAUGAGUUGAUGCCUAUUUACUACUCACCCGAGCAGUUACAUACUUGCCUGAGGAACGUCUCUCUGGAUAAUCACCUCCCUCAGAUACUGACCUAUGCCUUCAGUAUCCAGCAAUUAGCUGUGCUGAAGAGGCGUCUGGAUGAGGCAUAUCCUGAUGGGUAUCCUGAAAGUCUGCUCCCCAGACUGGGUCCCCUCACUGCUUUCGUCACCUCUGAGGAUAUUUCCAAAUGGAAGAUAACUUCAGCUGAUACACUGGCUGACUUGCUAAAAUACCAGCCUGCUGAUGCUCAGGCUUCUGCAAUAAUUAGAAGAUACAUUGACCUUGGAAAUGACUUGAACACCACUGCACUGAAUGCGAUUGGUACAAGAUACACGUGCCUUCUAAAUGUGACCGACUUGAAUAAGAUAGACCCCAAAAGCUUGAAGCUGGCUUCUCUGAAUCUUUCAGCCUGUUCACAGACUACAAAAGACAUCUUAUAUGCUAAAGCAAAACGUGCUUUCUCAGACCAGCACUAUUUACCUGCUUACUAUGAGCUUAUUGAACCAUAUCUAGGGGGUGCUCCUGGAGUGGAUCUCAAAGCUCUAAGCAAGGACAGUGUGAACAUGAAAGUCAGUACUUUAGCACAGUUAAGAAGAGACUCUUUGUUGAGCCUGACGAUUCCUGAGGUUCAGAACUUGCUGGGAAUAAAUAUUCAUGAUCUGCACAACUGGCAGAACCAAUCCCCCAUCAGGGAGUGGGUCCAGAGGCAGCGACAAUCAGAAUUAAAUAAAUUGAAUGUUUCACUCACUGGGGGAACACAAGAAGGCUACAUGAACAUUAUCAGGCCUCAAUUUUAGCUGCCAUCCUCAGCCUCUCUGUCUACCAUGGCCAUGACACUCCACCUCCUGCCUGCUCUGCUUACCAGUUCCCUGAUGAUGUCUGUCUUGUCUUGAAAAAUCUUCCCUCAAGAGAAAGCUAGAUGAGAAGGACCAGCCUGUGACCUGCUCUGAAGCCUGUUGGGGACAGCCAUGCCUCGGGGGGUGCUCAGUGCUAGCAGGCAACUAUUAUGCAGUUCAGGGUUCACUUUUAGGUUCUUUGUCUUUCAAAUAACUCAAAAAAACUCCCAGUGUCCUGUCUGAAGGGAAAAUUUCAGACUCUUAGAGCAGGAUCUUUGCCUUUUGUACAGACCAAGCCCAGGUAAGCCCCAGCCAUAUUAGUGCAACACAAUGAAUGUCCAUAUUUUACUGUGCAGCCCUGGUGGGUUUAAGGGUGAGAAAAUUGGUUGUUCUGCAUGUUAAUGGUUACUUUUCUCAAAAGAGCUUGGUCUCUUGAUGCUGCCAAGGCCUCUGAGUGGGAGUGAAGUUUUCCAGCUGAUUCUAAAGGUUCUAAAGUAAAAAAUGCCAGAAGCAAAUUGAUGAGUUGCUGUCAUCGUCUCUUCUUUCAGCCUGCCCGUACCUUCCUGUCUGCAGGUAUCAGUCCAAAUUAAAUGGUCAG